CUCUCACACUGGCUCAACAACACCACCCGCGUCAAAAAAGAUCAACACUUCCAACCACACCCACGAUCAUACAUCAAACACAACAAUCCACACAACGGGCAUGGCUUCAAACAAUGGCGCCGCGGCAACGUUUGUUCCACCUCCAGAUGAUCUAAAAGCACUUUCACCAUUCUUACAAAGAGCUCAUGAAACACGAAAAGCAGAUCCUGCAUUAUCGUAUUGGUGUAAUUAUCAUGCUGCUCAAGUCGGAAUUUCAAAAUUAUCUUCUUUGGUGCCAACUUCAAAGGCGUACUUGAUGUCAUUGAUGGAUACUUUAGAAUCACAAAAGAAAUCUUUGGCAGGAAAUGAUAUCGUACAUGGUGAUGACUUAGUGGCAAAAGCACACAUAGAGAAUGUAGCGCUCAAGGUAUUCGCAGGAGCGGAUAACGAAGAUCGAAGCGGAAAGGCAUCAAGAGCAACAGCAAAGCGAUUCCUUGUUGCCAGCAAUUUCAUCGAGUUGCUAACCAACUUUGGACCUCUAGAAACUGAAUGGGAGGAAAAGCUGAAAUAUACAAAAUGGAAAGCAGCAGAUAUUGCAAAAGCAUUCAGAGAAGGACGAAAACCAACGCCUGGACCUGCAGACGGAAUGGAUGACCCGGCUGAUACAGAAGAGAUACCUAAGAAUGAAGAUGAAGCAAUGCUGGGAAUUCAAGCAGCUUCGGCUAAGAUGGGCGGCCUAACUGAUGUGACCGCUCAACUUCCUACAAGCGAAGAAUUGGACGCUGAAAUGGCAAAGCUGACAUCACAAGAAGAAGAUCACAAUGAGCCAGUCGCAAUCUCACCAAAUGUCGAGCCACCAACACCUGACCGUAGUGGAAAUCCUGCACAAGGCUACCCCGAAGGUAUGAGCCCUUCUCAGAUCCGCUCUCGAAGAGCCGAGUCAAGAUUGAGCUUCGAUGGUCGUACUGGCAUGGAAGGUUGGCAGGAUGCAGUAAAUUCAUCAAGCUCUACAGCUUCUGCAAGCAGUCCAAAUUUCUCUAUGCCAUUAAGAAUAGCAAGACAAGGAAGUCAAACAUCUGAUGAUCCCAACAUGCCGUCUUCUGACAUAUAUGGAGGCGUCCAACAUCCAAGUGAAACACAAAGUGCAUUCUUUCAGUAUCAGCAAGGAAGAGUUUCGAGUGGCAGUGGGGCUUCUAGUCCACAUCAUCGCCCUUUACCACACCCACCUGGAUCAGGUAAUGUUCGUGGUGGCCUUCCCGUUCCACCGGGCGGACAAGGUACCACAACACCUCUGAUUCCACCAACAUCGAUCAGUCCUGCCGCUUCGCCAGCUUUGCAACACAGUGCGGCCUUUUCACCAUUCAAUCAAUACAAUCAAGCUUUGCAACCUUCGGCACCUCCCAGCGUUUCACAUGCAGCUGUCACUCCUUCAGCGCCACCGGAUGCACCUGAUCCGUCGACAUUACCGUCCUCUUUAGAUCACAAAUCUACUGCCAGGGUACAAAAGCUAGCGAAAUGGGCCGUGAGUGCGUUGGAUUAUGAUGAUGUUGAAACAGCCCGUAAACAAUUACGAGAAGCUUUGGAUAUAUGUGAAGGACGUAUACCCACCACUAAAUAGACAUGUAGACCUAAACUUUCAUACCCAGUGCGUCAUCUUUUAUACAAUUUUAUACAUUGCUGUUCAAAGUGGUGAAUGACUAGCUAACAC